UCCAAGAAACACAUACCCACAAAUUUCUCUCCCUUUUUGUUGCCUCAUUGCACAUUUAUUACAAUCUCCAAGAAGCACACACUGUGAUCAUCAUUUGGAUGGCUUCUUUUAGGCUCCUCAUCCUCAUGCCUUUCAUAAUAGCUUUCAUGGCCUCUCCUCUACACUCUUUAUCUUCUGAGCUGAAGCUGGGGGACGCUCCCACCACCAUCUCAGCCUCACCAGCAUUGAUGCCAAACCCUCCAUUUGCAGAGCUAUCCCCUGAGAUUGCUCCUCUUUUUCCUUCUCCUGGUGGUGAAUUGCCUUCUCCAGCCGGGUCUAAUUCCCUCCCCACCAUUCCUUCCAACCCAAGCCCUCCAAAUCCUGAUGAAAUUGCCGGCUUUGCCCCUGAUUCUGCAAUUUCCCCAUCUGGCUCCAAACUGGCCUCUUCAGCAUCCUCUCUCAAUUCUCCGGGGUUCCUAAAUUCAGCAAUUCUAAUGGGUUUCUUGGCGUUUUGGUGAGUGAGUGUUAUCUUUUGCCUGGAAAAUUCAAUUGAUUGUUGUAAUUUCCUCCCAUAGUUCAAGUUAAGUUUGGUUGAAAUGUCCCCCCAGAGAGAGUAUAUUUGAAGAAGUUUCUACUGUCUGUAUAGUGUAAAUGAUGAUGAUUGAUGCAGUCAAAUUUCGUGUUUGGGGAGCAUGCUUGAUAAUUAGUCUGAAGUUCAUUAUUUUCA